AUGAAACCACCAUCAAUAAGGCAGGCUGAAGCUCUUCUCAACUUGUCAACUGUUGUUUCUUCAUCAGCCUCACAAUCCAAUCUAACAAACUCUUGUAAUAAUCGGAUAGGAUUCGUUUGCAAUGAUGGUGGAAGUGUUUCUGAGAUCAAUCUUCCUAAUUCUGGCCUCAGUGGCACUCUUGAUUAUCAGUUCAAUUUUACUGCUUUUCCGAGCCUCACUCGUUUCAACAUCAGUGGAAACCUCUUCUCGGGAUCAAUCCCUCCUAACGUUGGCGAUCUGUCCAACUUGGUUUUCUUGGACUUGAGCAGCAAUAGGUUUGAUGGGAUUAUACCGCCACAGAUUGGGAACUUGAGGGAACUUCAAUACCUCUCCCUUUACAACAACAACUUUGCUGGUGUUAUUCCUCAUCAGAUUGGAAAUCUUCAAAAGGUAUGGUUUUUGGACCUUGGACUUAAUAACUUUGAGGUUCCUGACUGGUCUAAACUUAAAACUUUUCCUGUGCUGAGGCAUCUUAGUUUGCAUUCCAAUGGGUUUAGAUCAGGGUUCCCUAGUUUCAUACUAGGUUGUCGGAACCUCACUUUUCUCGACUUGUCCCAAAACCAUUUCAAUGGAUCACCCCUGGAGUCAUUGGUUACCAAUUUGGAGAAGCUUGAGCAUCUUCGUCUUUCUUCCAAUCAAUUUUCAGGGCUUUUACCAUCUAACAUUGGCAGGUUGUCAAACCUCAAAAGUCUCGAAUUGUGGCGCAAUUCUUUUCAAGGAGAAAUCCCGUCUUCUAUAGGCCAACUCAAAAGUCUUCAGGUCUUAGAUAUGGUUGGGAACAGACUAAAUUCAAGUAUUCCUUCUGAGCUUGGUCGUUGCACUAACCUCACUAACUUGGUUUUAGCUCUUAAUUCACUCUCUGGAGUAUUGCCUUCAUCCCUCUCAUCUUUGACCAAGUUGACUAAGUUGCACUUGUCAUAUAAUUUUCUUUCGAGUAAUAUUUCGUCCAAUUUUAUCUCCAAUUGGACCAAGCUAACGUCUUUGGUACUUCAGAACAAUUCUUUUGGUGGGAGUAUUCCAUCUGAAAUUGGUUUGCUCACAAAUCUUGAAUACCUUAACUUGUACCAAAAUAAGUUUUCAGGCCCCAUUCCACCUCAGAUAGGGAACUUGCAAAAUUUGAUUUUCUUGGAUAUAUCUGAAAAUAGUCUUUCAGGUCCAAUACCUCAAACAAUUGGAAACCUCACAAACCUAAAAACUCUAAUUAUUUCCACCAAUAAUCUCACGGGAAUGCUUCCGCCACAGAUGGGAAACAUGCAAAAGUUGAUUCAGUUAGAUGUAUCUGAAAAUAGUCUUUUAGGUCCAAUACCUCAGACAAUUGGAAAUCUCACGAGUCUCAAUUCUCUAAGAUUGUCCACCAAUAACCUCACCGGAAUGCUUCCGUCUCAGAUAGGAAACUUGCAGAAUUUGGUUGAUCUGCACUUGUCAAAAAAUAACCUUUAUGGUCCAAUACCUCAAACAAUUGGAAACCUCACAAGACUCAAUUAUCUACAACUUUCCACCAAUACUCUCACUGGAAUGCUUCCGCCCCAAAUAGGUUCCUUGCAGAAUUUGAUGUAUAUACACUUGUCAGAGAAUAAUCUUUAUGGUCCAAUACCUCAAACAAUUGGAAACCUCACUCAACUAGAAGUCCUACUACUUUCCACAAACAAUCUCACUGGAACACUCUUUGCUGAGAGUAUGAAUCUAAGAUCAAUGCUUGUUCCUUCAACCUUUUGCAAUUUAAGUUCUUUGCAAGUUUUGGUUUUGGCUUACAAUUCAUUAACUGGGUCAAUACCUCAAUGUUUGGGGAACAUCAACAAAUACCUCUGUGUGUUGGAUUUGCACAGUAAUCAAUUUCAUGGGAUGAUCCCUACAAGUUUUGAGGUUGGUAAUUUCUUGAAUAGACUUAAUUUGCGUGAUAACCAGUUAGAGGGAACAAUUCCUGAAUCCUUAAUCAAUUGUCAAGAGUUGGAGGUUCUUGAUCUUGGACACAAUAACUUGGGUGGUACGUUUCCAAUGUCGUUAGGAGCUCUUCCAAAUUUGAAGGUUCUUAGCUUGAGGUUUAACAAGUUGAACGGUUUCAUAACAAGUACAAGGAUGGGAGAGUACUUGUUUCCUCAACUUUGUGUCUUGGACCUAUCUUACAAUGAAUUCACUGGGGAUUUGCCUGCAUGGUCUUUCAAGAAUUUUAAAGCCAUGACAAAAGUUGUUGAAGAUAAAAUACCACAACAACAAAUGUACUUAAAGCAAAGAUAUUACUUCCAAGAUUCGUUAGUGGUAGGAAUGAAGGGGCAAGAGCGUGAAGUUGUUAAAAUACUAAUCGCGCUUACUGUUAUUGAUCUCUCAUGCAACAAAUUUAAAGGCUAUAUUCCAUAUAGCAUUGGAGAUCUUCUUGCUCUACGAGAAUUAAAUCUAUCACAUAAUAUGUUCACUGGACACAUCCCAGCGUCUCUUGGAAAUUUAUCCAUGCUUGAAUCCUUAGACCUUUCUUCAAAUCAAAUUGGUGGAGUAAUCCCUGGACAAUUGACAAGUAUUGCAUUUCUUGAAGUGUUGAAUCUCUCACAUAAUAAACUUGUGGGAUGCAUACCUCAAGGCUCACAAUUCAAUACAUUUGAAGCAAAUUCAUUCCAAGGAAAUGAUGGAUUGAAAGGAAAACCUUUGUCACAAGGUUGUGAGAAUGACAUGAAACCGCCUACACCAAAGGAGCUCCACCAAGAAGAUGAUUCAAGUUUUUUGAGCGGAUGCACCAUAAAAGUUGUGGCAAUGGGGUACGGUUGUGGUAUUAUUUUUGGAUUAUUCAUGGGAAGUCUCAUGCUCGUAACUGGAAAGCCAGAAUUCAUUGCAAGGUUUGUUGAAGAAGAAACAUACAAACUAGCAAUGAAGGUCAAAAGAAGAAGAUCAAAGGCAAGAAGAAGAAGAUCAAAGGCAAGAAGAAGAAGAAACUAG